UCUACUCCUUGCUCCUCUUUACUCCUCUUUACUCCUCCUCACUCCUUCUUACUCCAGAAGAUGAUGAUGAUGAUGAUGAUGAUGAUGGUGGUGGCUGAUGUUGAUGCUCAGAGAUGUUCAGCUCCUCUCAGCAGCCUCCUCCGCCCUCCGGUGACUCACCUGGUCCUCAGGGCGCUGUUCGGAGCAGGGACCGGAGCAGUUUUGUUUGUGGGCGUGGCUCAUAACCUCCCCCUGACCUUUGACCUGAAGCUGGCUGCAGGAUCUUUGUUUGUCGGUGUGUGCGUUGUGGGCGGAGCCUUGUCCUCGUCCUUCAGGUGUUCGGUCCUCCUCGUGUUUCCCAGCAUGCUCGGCUCCCGUGGCCGUGCUUACUUGAUGCUGCUGAUCCUGUCCGUGUUGUACUCAGGUCCAGUUUCAAACAUCCAGCGGAACGUCGAGGCCGCGGCCACGUCUCUGAGCUGUAACCUGGACCUGCAGGUUCGUCACAGCCGGUUACUGUGGCGGGCCGCCGUCACCCCGUUUCUCCUCGUUAGCCAGGAGCUAAUGGACGAUAAGGAAACGUUCCAGUCGGAAGCUCUGAGCGUCAGCCACAAGUUCCAGAGCGUCAGAGACGAGCUGGUCCUCCAGUACGGCUACGACCGCUUCAGACCCAACCGGGGCGCCGCCAACAGCACCCAGGACCAGUUCACCAGCAAGACCAGGACCCAGUGCAACGACGUGGUGGACGAGGGCGUCCAGCGCUGCUCUGAUUGGUUCGACCGCAGGUGGGCGGCGUGUAUGGAGGCCAUACCUGUCCCCGUCAUCAACCACAUCCUCUGUGUCACCAUGAGGUUCCACUUCCUGUGUGACAUCAUGAGAGUCAUGACUCCCCGGUGCAGGGAGCAGAUUCCCGUCCAGAGGAACUUCGGUCAGCUCUUCGACCAACUCAACGUCUCCGUCGACCUCCUGUCCCGGGAGUUCAGCACUGAGAUCGUCCUCCAGGAGCAGCAGCAGCAGUCGGUGCUGGGAGGAGCUCUGAUGGAGGAGGAGUUCACGGAGGCCAUAAGACGAUCCGUCCACAACCUGAGGACCAACAUGGGACGAACCGUGGACGUCCUGCAGCUGCUGCUCUCCUUCACCUUCAUCACCAUCUUCACCCAGGCCUUCAGUUACCUCAGACGUUACAGGAGAGACAUUUGUUUUGACAACGUCUACGUCACCGCCUACUUCAGGAAGAUUGACGCUCGCAGACAGACGGCGGGGAAGCGCUUCCUUCUACCUCUGAGUCGAUCAGAGAGAAACCAGAUCAUUGACCCCUGGAGUCUGAGAAUUUACCCCGAGGAGCUCAAGCAGGUGACGUCCGGUGUGUUUCAGGUGAUCUCCGUCUCUCUGCUGUCCGCUGUCCUCCUCGCCGUCGACUUCUCUCUGGUCCACGUCCUGGACAUCGUCAGCAGACACACGGUCACCAGCUUCAACCUGACCAGUAGUCACCAGGUCGACAUCAGAGUGGGCGGAGACUCCAUGAUGGCCCGCCUCCUGAGGACGACCAUAUCUGCCUUCAACAGCUCGUCCAGCCUCAAUAUCGACAGCAACAACUGGGAGUGUGUGUCUCCCCCGUCCUCCCUCUCUGCCAGUGUGUAUCUGAGUUGUGUGUGUUGUGUCCUGUUGGUGGCGCUGUUCAGCUGCCUCCAAGUUUACACCAACCGCCUCCGACGGGUCAUCGCUGCCUUCUACCACCCCAAGAGGGAGAAGAAAAGAGUCUUGUUUCUCUACAACCUCCACGUCCUCAGACAGAUUUCGUCCAACUCCAGGAGACACAUCGUCAGUCGGGGACAUAGGAGACGGACGCUCCUCCCCCUGUCUUCAGGUGUCCAUGGACAGGUGGGGGCGUGGCCUAUGUGGACGAGGAACCCAGCUAGAGAGGAAGACGUCCACAACAGCUACAGCUAAUACCGUCCCUCAUGUCCAAUAAAGAACCUUUAACUCACUUAAUCCUCUUCUGUCCAACCUG